AUGGAAGAUCCAAGAACAGUUAUGAUAUUUUAUAAUGGACAAUGGGUGGACAAAACAAAUUACACAGAUUUUGAAGUGACAGGGAUAUUGAUACCAUCAAAAUGUUCUUACAACCUACUUGCACAAACAAUAUGUUCUACUUUGGGUUUGGACAGAAGUAAACAAAACAUUGAUGUUCAAUUCCAAAUUAAAUCAGGAAUACCACCCAUGAAGAUUACAGAUGACAAUGGCUGCAGAUUUUAUGAACAAAUCAGAAAAAAAGAUGAUGAUGAGACCAAAUACCCUAUGAUGGUAAACCUUUCAGCAGCCAUUCCACCAGAAAACAUUGGUAGCAGCUCCAUCAAUCAUGACUACUCUGAACAUACAAUGCAAAUCACACAGCCUAUACCUACAAGGACAGAGUAUGCACAAAACAUGGCAGACUUUGUAAUCAAUCAAGUUGAAAAUGCAAUUGAAACAAGCCAGCAAGCAACAAGUCAAGUGAUCUCAGAUCCUCAUGUUGAUAACAUAUUUGUUGGACAAGUUUUUUCAAACAAGGAAACACUACAAAAUGCUGUCAGCCUAUACUCAAUAAGAAGAAAUCAGCCCUUCAAGGUAAAAAGAUCCUCCAAACUUGACUACAAGCUAGUUUGCAUCGAUGAAAAUUGUAAAUGGAGUUUCUUGGCAUCAAAACAUGGAAAAACAAACAUGUUCAAAAUCAGAAAGAUUCAGCAUUCUCAUACAUGCUCAUUAGAUGUCACAUCUGUAGACCACCCUAAUGCAACAAGCAACCUGAUUGGUAGUGUAAUAAGAACCAAAUUUGUAAACCCAAAGAGAGACUACACACCAAAUGAAAUAGUGGAUGACAUGGCAGAUGACUAUAGUGUCUCCAUAUCUUACCAAAAAGCAUGGAGGGCUAGAGAAAAGGCUAUUGUAGAUGCAAGACGCUGUCCACACGAAUCGUACUCUGAAAUACCAAGAAUCUUGUACAUGAUGGAAAAAUGCAACCCAGGAACAAUCACAGACCUUGUCACAGACGAGAAUGGCCACUUCAAAUACCUAUACUUCGCAAUAGGUGCUUCCAUCAAAGGUUGGCAACACUGUAAUCCAAUAAUAGUCACGGAUGGUACUUUCUUAAAAAAUCAACAUGGUGGAACAUUGUUAAUAGCUAGUGCACAAAAUGCAAAUAGACACAUAUUUCCACUAGCAUUUGCAAUAGUAGACUCUGAGAAUGACACUUCAUGGAACUGGUUCUUCAGCAAACUAAAAGAAUCAUACAAUGAGAGAGAAGGGCAGUGCAUUAUUUCAGAUAGACAUGAAAGUAUUGCGAAAGCAGCAAAUACAAACUUCCCAAACCUCAUGCAUGGAGUUUGUUGCUACCACUUGCUAAAGAAUAUCAAGACCAAGUUCAAAAAAGGGGGAGAUGAACUCAGAAAUGCAUUCAAUGGUGCUUCCAAAGCUUACAAUGCUGCUGAAUAUGAAAAAAAUAUGAGAGAUCUAGACAAUAUUCAUAGCGGCAUAAGAGACUAUCUGGUAAACGAAGUUGGAAACAGUAAGUGGACAAGGUUAUACAGCCAAAACAGGCGAUACAAAACAAUGACAUCGAACAUCGCAGAAUCUGUGAAUGCAGCACUCAAAGAAGUAAGAGAGUUACCAAUAGCAACUUUACUAGAAUGUCUUCACUCUUUGGUCCAAAAAUGGUAUUGGGACAACAAAAAUAGAGCAUUGUCUACAUUCACAUACUUGGCACAAAAACCAGAGAAAAGUCUACGAAAAGAGCGAGAUAUGAGCUUAAAGUACAAGGUGGAAACAUCAAACCUGAUUGUAUACAAAGUACAUGAUUGUACCGACUCAUACAUAGUAAACCUGGAAAAAAAAACAUGCAGCUGUCAGAAAUUUGAAUAUGAUGAAAUGCCUUGCUCACAUGCAAUGGCUGUGUUAACCAAAAGGAAUCUAUCAUGCUACAGCUACUGCUCUUACUACUACACAAAAAAGGCUUUUUUGUCAACAUAUGAAGAUAAUAUCUUCCCACUAGCAGAUUCUACAACUUGGGAUAUACCGGAUCAUAUAAAAGAUAUGAUUGUUCUACCCCCAACACACAAGAGGCCAGCAGGGCGGCCAAAAAAACAAAGGUACAAAGGUGUGCUGGAAACAAAAACACAGGUCAAAUGUGGAUCAUGCAACCAAAAAGGACACAACAAAAGAUCGUGCAAAAAUGAACCAGUUCCAAAGCCAACCCGAAAGAGAAAGAACAUCAGUACUUAA